ACAGUAAACAACACGCACAAGACGAAGAAUAUACACUACCUACCUACAAUACAACCACUUCACAAUUAUUUUUCAUUCAAUACAAGUAAAUUACAGAUUUUCAAGCAAUCAUUUAUUUUGUAGCCAAUAAAAAUAUUAUUACUAUUCCAAGCAAUAAUGUCCCUCGACACGGUACCAAAAGAUCUUAGAGGAUUACGAGCAUGUUUGGUGUGUUCAUUGAUAAAGACUUUUGACCAAUUUGAAUAUGAUGGAUGUGACAACUGUGAUGAGUUUCUACGUAUGAAAAAUAAUAAAGAUAAUGUGUAUGACUGUACAAGUAAUAAUUUUGACGGUAUGAUUGCAGUUAUGAGUCCUGAAGACAGCUGGGUAUGCAAAUGGCAGAGAAUCAGUCGUUUUUGUAAAGGAGUGUAUGCAAUAUCAGUGUCUGGUAGGCUUCCUGCUGGAGUAAUCCGUGAAAUGAAAAGCAGAGGCUAUGUCUACAGGCCAAGAGACACAAGCCAAAGAUAAUUUAUUUUACUUCAUUAUUUUAUAACUCCAUAAAUAAAUUCUCACACCAUAUCCAA